AUGGGCGUCGGCAACAAGCGCACGCUCACCAAGACUCGCCGACAUCUGCGCGAUCUCGACCAGAUCAAGGCCGAUAUGCUUUCACCGAAGCACCUCAAGCAGUACCACGACACAAAGGCCCCCGAGGACCUGCCCGGACUGGGGAAAUGGUACUGCGUUGAGUGCGCCAAGUGGUUCGAGACCGAAGUCAGCCUCGUCAGGCACGCAAAGGGCAAACCUCACAAGAGAAGGGCCAAACAACUUGCCGAAGAGCCCUACACUCAGAAAGAAGCCGAGGCCGCCGUCGGUAUUUCCACCGAUAAUGUUGGUCCUCAGCGCCGUAACGACGCCAUCGAAGGCGACGAGGAUGUCAUGGCGACCUGA